AUGCAGUGCAGAGUCAGAACCAGGAAAAAUCAGAACCAGGAGAGCAAUGCAGUGCAGAGUCAGAAUCAGGAGAUCAAUGCAGUGCAGAAUCAGAAUCAGGAGAGCAAUGCAGUGCAGAGUCAGAAUCAGGAGAACAAUGCAGUGCAGAGUCAGAAUCAGGAGAGCAAUGCAGUGCAGAGUCAGAAACAGGAGAGUAAUGCAGUGCAGAAUCAGAAUACGGAGAGCAAUGCAGUGCAGAGUCAGAAUCAGGAGAGCAGUGCAGAAUCAGAACCAAGAGAGCAAUACAGUGCAGAAUCAGAACAAGGAGAGCAAUGCAGUGCAGAAUCAGGAUCAGGAGAGCAAUACAGCGCAGAGUCAGAAUCAGCAGAGCAAUGCAGUGCAGAGUCAGAACCAGGAGAGCAAUGCAGUGCAGAGUCAGAAUCAGGAGAGCAAUGCAGUGCAGAGUCAAAAUUAGGAGAGCAAUGCAGAGCAGAGUCAGAACCAGGAGAGCAAUGCAGUGCAGAAUCAGAACCAAAUCAGAACCAGGAGAGCAAUGCAGAUCAGAAUCAGGAGAACAAUACAGUGCAGAGUCAGAAUCAGCAGAGCAAUGCAGUGCAGAAUCGGAACCAGGAGAGCAAUGCAGUGCAGAAUCAGAACCAGGAGAGAAAUGCAGUGCAGAAUCGGAACCAGGAGAGCAAUGCAGUGCAGAAUCAGAACCAGGAGAGCAAUGCAGUGCAGAAUCGGAACCAGGAGAGCAAUGCAGUGCAGAAUCAGAACCAGGAGAGCAAUGCAAAUCAGAACCAGGAGAGCAAUGCAGUGCAGAGUCAGAAUCAGGAGAUCAAUGCAGUGCAGAAUCAGAAUCAGGAGAGCAAUGCAGUGCAGAGUCAGAAUCAGGAGAACAAUGCAGUGCAGAGUCAGAAUCAGGAGAGCAAUGCAGUGCAGAGUCAGAAACAGGAGAGUAAUGCAGUGCAGAAUCAGAAUAAGGAGAGCAAUGCAGUGCAGAGUCAGAAUCAGGAGAGCAGUGCAGAAUCAAAACCAAGAGAGCAAUACAGUGCAGAAUCAGAACAAGGAGAGCAAUGCAGUGCAGAAUCAGGAUCAGGAGAGCAAUACAGCGCAGAGUCAGAAUCAGCAGAGCAAUGCAGUGCAGAGUCAGAACCAGGAGAGCAAUGCAGUGCAGAGUCAGAAUCAGGAGAGCAAUGCAGUGCAGAGUCAAAAUUAGGAGAGCAAUGCAGAGCAGAGUCAGAACCAGGAGAGCAAUGCAGUGCAGAAUCAGAACCAAAUCAGAACCAGGAGAGCGAUGCAGUGCAGAAUCAGAACAAGGAGAGCAAUGCAGUGCAGAAUCAGGAUCAGGAGAGAAAUACAGCGCAGAGUCAGAAUCAGCAGAGCAAUGCAGUGCAGAGUCAGAACCUAGGAGAGCAAUGUAGUGCAGAGACUGAACCAGGAGAGCAAUGCAGUGCAGAAUCAGAACCAAAUCAGAACCAGGAGAGCAAUGUAGAUCAGAAUCAGGAGAACAAUACAGUGCAGAGUCAGAAUCAGCAGAGCAAUGCAGUGCAGAGUCACAACAAGGAGAGCAAUGCAGUGCAGAAUCAGAAUCAGGAGAGCAAUACAGUGCAGAGUCAGAACCAGGAGAGCAAUCCAGUGCAGAGUCAGAACCAGGAAAGUAACACAGUGCAGAAUCAGAACCACGAAAACAAUGCUGUGCAGAAUCAGAACAAGGAGAGCAAUGCAGUGCAGAGUCAGAAUCAGGAGAGCAAUGCAGUGCAGAAUCAGAAUCAGGAGAGCAAUGCUGUGCAGAAUCAGAACCAGGAGAGCAAUGCAAACCAGGAGAGCAAUGCAGAGCAGAGUCAGAAUCAGGAGAGCAAUGCAGUGCAGAAUCAGAACCAGGAGAGCAAUGCAGUGCAGAGUCGGAAUCAGGAGAGCAAUGCAGUGCAGAGUCGGAAUCAGGAGAGCAAUGCAGUGCAGAAUCAGAACCAGGAGAGCAAUGCAGUGCAGAAUCAGAACCAGGAGAGCAAUGCAGUGCAGAAUCAGAACCAGGAGAGUAAUGCAGUGCAGAAUCAGAACCAGGAGAGCAAUGCAGUGCAGAAUCAGAACCAGGAGAGCAAUGCAGAGCAGAAUCAGAACCAGGAGAGCAAUGCAAACCAGGAGAGCAAUGUAGAGCAGAGUCAGAAUCAGGAGAGCAAUGCAGUGCAGAAUCAGAACCAGGAGAGCAAUGCAGUGCAGAGUCAGAAUCAGGAGAGCAAUGCAGUGCAGAAUCAGAACCAGGAGAGCAAUGCAGUGCAGAAUCAGAACCAGGAGAGCAAUGCAGUGCAGAAUCAGAACCAGGAGAGUAAUGCAGUGCAGAAUCAGAACCAGGAGAGUAAUGCAGAGCAGAAUCAGAACCAGGAGAGCAAUGCAGUGCAGAAUCAGAACCAGGAGAGUAAUGCAGAGCAGAAUGAGAACCAGGAGAGCAAUGCAGAGCAGAAUGAGAACCAGGAGAGUAAUGCAUUGCAGAAUCAGAACCAGGAGAGCAAUGCAGUGCAGAGUCAGAACCAGGAGAGUAAUGCAUUGCAGAAUCAGAACCAGGAGAGCAAUGCAGUGCAGAGUCAGAACCAGGAGAGCAAUACAGUGCAGAAUGAGAACCACGAAAACAAUGCAGUGCAGAAUGAGAACCAGGAGAGCAAUGCAGUGCAGAAUGAGAACCAGGAGAGCAAUGCAGUGCAGAAUUAG